UCCCUGAUUCCCUCUUCACAGCAGCACCAGCAGCACCAGCAGCACCAGCUUUCCUGGGAAGCAGGGCAGAAAUCCCGGCCGGCUCCCUGAUUCUACUAGACCACCCAACUGUAGGCUCAGAGCUGCUCCAAAGGCACCAUGCGGAGCGCCCUGCUGUUGGCUGUCAUUCUGGCCCUCAGCCUGGCUCUAGGGGCUGUCUGUGAGGAGUCACAGGAGCAGGUGGUGCCCCGUGGGGGCCGCAGGGAGAAGUUCCCAGAUAUCAACCAGUUGCUCAAGACACUCUCUGGCAGCGGCUCAGUCUCCGUGGAUGAACUGCUCAAAACCCUGGGCAAGGCGGGCAAGGACCCUAAGAAACUGUCACUUCUCCAGAAACGUGACAUGCAUGACUUCUUUGUGGGACUUAUGGGCAAGAGGAACAUCCAGCCAGACACCCCUAUCGGUGUGAACCGGGAGAGCGUCCCUGGCUUUGGCAGCCUCGAGUAUCCCCGCAAUGUGGAAUGAGAUGCCCCUCCCCUUCUCUUUCUGCUUCCCCAGCGGGUGGUUGGUGGGAGUUUGACAGGACAGAAGAUGUGACUUCAUUUUUCUGUCCUCAGCACUCCGUUCCUGGACUCCUGGGCUGCUUCAUGCAGACAGCCUGCCCCCCUCUCCGAAUCCCCAGGUGCAUGCACUCCUAUUUCCCUUGCUCUUCCCAGCCUUGUGACACUCCUCCGCUUAGACCCCUUUCCCACCCCUCUCCCCAGCGCUGAUGUAGAAACUGCAUAGUGAGCACCCCCUGCCCCACCCGGCACGGACUGUAGACUGC